UCUCAGCAGUGUCUCUUCAUACCUGGGCAUUUUCCUGCACUGGACUUUUGCAUGUGCUCAGAACUUAAUUUUGCAGUUCAAGUUACAUCACCUUUGAGCAUCAAUGAAAGACCAGGCAUGGCUUUCUUCAAGCAGCAGAAGGUGGAGGACGUUUAUGACAUCGGGGAAGAGCUGGGAAGCGGCCAGUUUGCCAUAGUGAAGAAGUGUCAGGAGAGGAGCACGGGUGUGGAAUACGCCGCCAAGUUCAUCAAGAAGCGGCAGAGCCGGGCGAGCCGGCGCGGGGUGAGCCGGGAGGAGAUCCAGAGGGAGGUCACCAUCCUGCAGCAGGUCCUGCACCCCAACAUCGUCAAACUGCAUGACAUCUACGAGAACAAGACGGAUGUGGUCCUCAUCCUGGAGCUGGUUUCUGGAGGAGAACUUUUUGACUUCCUGGCACAGAAGGAGUCUUUGAGUGAAGAGGAAGCAACCAGGUUCAUCAAGCAGAUUUUGGAUGGUGUGAAUUACCUUCACUCUAAGAAAAUUGCUCAUUUUGAUUUAAAGCCUGAAAACAUUAUGCUUCUAGACAAGAAUAUCCCUAUUCCACACAUCAAACUCAUUGACUUUGGCCUGGCUCACAAAAUCGAAGAUGGAGUUGAAUUUAAAAACAUUUUUGGAACUCCAGAAUUUGUAGCUCCAGAAAUCGUAAACUACGAACCACUUGGAUUAGCUGCAGACAUGUGGAGCAUAGGAGUCAUCACCUACAUCCUGCUUAGUGGUGCAUCACCCUUCCUUGGAGAAACUAAACAAGAAACGCUUGCCAACAUCACAGCUGUGAAUUACGAUUUUGAUGAAGAGUUUUUCAGCAAUACCAGUGACCUGGCCAAAGAUUUUAUUCAGAAACUUCUGGUGAAAGAUACACGGAAGAGGCUUACGAUUCAGGAAGCUCUGUCUCAUCCCUGGAUAACGCCCAUGGACAAGCAACAGGCUUUGGUUCGGAAAUCAUCUGUUGUUAACAUGGAAAACUUCAAAAGGCAAUAUGCCAGGAGGCGGUGGAAGCUUUCCUACCGCAUCGUCUCGCUGUGCAACCACUUGUCCCGUUCCCUGGUGAAAAGGGUCCUGAUGCAGGAGGAGAGUUUGAGGAACUGUGAGAGUGACAGUGAGGAUCUUUCCCAAAGAGAAGUUCCUCCUCAGAGGAGAAGCAGCAUAUCCUAAUGUGAAGAGAAUUCCAUGGGCAGGAGACACAGGAGACUUCCAUCCCUGCUGAAGCAAGCAGCCCUGAGUCAUUGGUGUGAUGCUUCUUGCUUCUCAAACAGCACCAACAGCUGGGCGAUGGUAUUAAAUGUCUACUGAGCAUCUUGGAAAACUGGGAAGCGAGAUUCCCAGGGAAAUGCCACAGCACAAGCACCAGUUGGAGUGCUUUGAGUGUUUCAGUGAUACUUCAAUCUGUUUGUGAUGUCGGCUGCACUCAGGGUGUUGGGUUUCUACUGAUGUUCCUUUCCUGCAGAAUAAUUCCCGUCCUGCACAGCGGUGAGGACUUUGUGCAUUAUUACUGUUUCAGUCAGGGAAAUUGUUAGUGAGUUGUCAGGACAUUUUGUAAUGCAGUUUUGGUGUUUGUUAACAGCAUGGAUAUGUGAUGGCAGAUCUCUGCCAGGGUUUGUUAGCUGUGUGCAGGGCUCUGUCACUGCUGUCACUGAGGAGAAAAUCCUGAUAUCACUGCACAUCUUUGAUUUUGGCAACAGUUCUGCACUGCCACAAGGACUGUGCUCUGGCUGAGGACUAACACAACCAGUUGUGAGUACAACUAGUUGGGGCCACUGAGAGGAUGACACAGGCCAAGGCAGUUUUUGGAUGAAGAAGAGAAAAAAUGCUGUAGUGUUUUACAUACACCCAAAUCCAGUGUUUUUACAGGAUGAUGGCAGGAUAUUCACCAAAACAGGGCCUUUAAGAACCCCAGGUAUUUGAAGAAAUAGUCUCUGUUGGACUUUGUUAUUGUUGUCAAUGUUAUUUAUUGUCAGCAAAUUGGAGAUGGGUUAACACCUAUUUGUGCAGGUGCUAUUUACAUGUAACCCAGACAGCAAACAUCUGCUUUUUAUUCAGGGGGCUGUAUCCAAAAUUGAGGAAGUGAGCACUUUGAUACCGAUGUAACAUCUUUGCACUGGGAAGUUGCAUCAUUUUAACUAUUACUAGUUUCUAAGCCAGUAUUGUUCAAUUGGUACCAAAAAAAUGUGUCUAGAAUAGGUUAUUUUUUUCAUUGAAUGUAUUUGUUGUUAGAAAUUCAUAUUUAUUUUGCCAUUUAAUAAAUUAAAAAUCAGAAAGCCUAUUAGAAACAACUAUGGAUGGACAAGGAAACUGGUUUUGUUUGGCUUUAUGUUGGUCACUUCUAGGCUGAGGUUUUAGAGCAGAAGGUGUGAACUGGUGUUGAAAACUAGUGUCAGGUGGUUUCCAGUUUCUAAGAAAGAAAUAAAAACAUGCUACUUUUAUUCAUAACUUUGUAUCCCUGCUUAGGUAGUGACUAAAAUGCAGUUGAUAAGAAAGUAUUUCUGUGAAAGGAAGGGAAUGUAGGAGAAGCAUUGGAGAAGAGAGGCAGAAAGGAGGAUUUGAUGGAAGAAACAUAAAAUGAAGGAGGUGGUG